UCUUCAAAAAAAAAAAAAAAAACAGAGCUUGAACGCUUUCAGGAUCUCAGCGCGACAUAACCUACAUCAAUAUCAAAUUUACAUAAUACAAACUCACUCACACACCACCUGAUUAUACAGACAUGGCCCAGCUGGAUCUCAUUGGAAUUUUGUGCGUGGGACUUUUACUGUUUGCCUGCGCAUCAGCAUCUAUCAGAUCUUUAGAAGAUAACUAUGAACAGCAAAACAAAACUGAUCUCGAAUUAGGCUAUCGCAAUCCCAUACUUAUAUGCAAUACGAGAAACUCGCCUGAUUGCCCCGCACAUAGCAGACUUGCCUACAAGUUUAACCAAAGCCUUUCCUGCCUCGAAAGCUACUGCACGUGCGACGAAUGCUCAAAGAAGCCCAGAUGUAAGCCGGGCCUGGUGCUCCAUGAACUGAGCACAGGCAACGGACAGCCGGGCAGCUGUUGCUCCAAAUAUGAAUGCGGCCCGAUACCGGACUGUGUUGAGGGCAGGCCCAUCAUCUAUUGGAGAGAUAAUUGCAUCAGAUGCUCCAGCUGCCAUGAAAUGUGCACCUCAGAGUGCCAACAGUACGAGGGGCCAGCGGAGAACUGUCUGUCCAGUGAUGGACAGUAUAAGUCGAUCAACGAAUCCUGGAUCCAGGGCAAUGGCUGCGAAACCUGCACCUGCAUCGCUGGCAUGGAAACCAGCUGCGUGAGUGUGCUAUGCAAGACUCCCGAAUGCGCCAAUCCAAAGAAAGAGCCAGACGACUGUUGUCCCGUUUGUGCUGAGCCAGAUAUCAUUACCACAGAGGCAACACCUUUUAUACAGAUGAGCUCAACUGCUUGGAGCAGCCCAUCCACAGAGAGCAGCUCAACUGCCUGGAGCAGCCCAUCCACAGAGAGCAGCUCAACUGCUUGGAGCAGCCCAUCCACAGAGAGCAGCUCAACUGUUGAAACUGAAUUCAAGGAGGAUUCUCAAGAGCUCAACAGUGAGGAGGAAUUCGAAAGCACAACUGAGCAGCCGACAGACAAGGAAAUAAAGACCAUGGGAAUGGGAACAACCAUACCAGCUUAUCUUUAUAGUGCGAAGGGGAGCAGCACAGUAAAAAACAUGGAAGAAGAUGAGGAGAGCAGCAUGAGCAGCAGCACAGCUAACAGCAUGGAAUAUACAACACUCUCAGCCACAUCGGCCACAUCGGCUCCUGCCGCACAGACUCCUGAGUCGACCAGUUGGCAUCGUGAGUCAGCCAUCGACGAUAAUGAAUAUCAUUAUCCGCAAAAUUCUGAUGAUGCAGUGCGUCCAAGCAAUAAGCAAAAUGAUUUACUUAUAGGGCUAUCUGUAGUUUUCAUCGUCAUUAUCGUUGCUCUGGCCAUGGCAUGGCGAGUAAAAGCCCAUUGCAAACACUGCAAGAAGUACGAUAUGGUGCCGUGUUUGGAGGCGAAUAAGUCGCAAGAUCCUAAUAAACGAGGGGAUCAGCCGUUGAUGGACAAACAACAAAACGAGACUGUAAAAUAAAUCGAUAUCAUUCCCACAUUUACAUACAUAUAUUCAUAGUAGUAGCAUAAAUAUAUACUAAUUUAUUAUUUAUAAUUUAUUGGAACAGUUCGUUGCGAACUCUCCGCCUAAAGACAAUGCUCCAGCGAAAUCCGCGAUUUUUGUAAUAUUUCAUCAACUUUAGCACACACAAAACUUAGAAGGGCAUUCUAACUAACAUUUGAAAAGUAACAAAUAUCAAUCUGUAUAAGCUACAAAAUCAUGAUUAUAUUUUAUAUACAUAUACGAUAAGGAAUGACUAUGUUAGAUGAGGCCAUGCCCCAUUUUACCCACAUUAAAAGGGGCUUCUGUGCAUUAGAGUACACACAAUCUAAGACAGUUAUUUCUUAAUUAAACAAUGCAUUGUGAUAAAUUGUAUUAGAAAACAUCGAAAAAGUAUAUAUUAAACAAAUGAAACAAAAAUUAAAAUAAUUGAUAUACCAAAAAGAUUAGAAUAAGAAGCAUUUCUAGCAUCUCUCCCCCAAAUACACGAAAAUCAAAUAAAGCGAAAAACUGAAGAAAUUAA